AUGAGAGUAAGACCAAAAAGAUGGAUCAUAACACUCAUGGCAGUAGUGGUCGUGGUGCUCAUCUUUAAAAACCAGUUCAAUUCAUUCCAAACGCGACAGCAGGGGCAGAACUCCAUCAUCUACUCCAGCCAAAGCAAUCUUUACGAUGGGUGGAUAACACCAAACUUCUAUAAAAAUGGUGAUCCCUUGGAGUUGAUCGUGAAUAAGGUAGAAUCUGACUUGACACAAUUACCAUACGCGUAUUAUGACUUGCCCUUUACUUGUCCUCCUACUAUGCAUAAAACACCACUUCACUUAUCUCUGAAUGAGAUAAUUAGAGGAGAUAGGAAAUGGGAAAGUGAUUAUAAACUCACUUUUGGUGAAGACAAUCCAUGUGAGGUGUUAUGUGCGAGAAAAACUACUAAAGAGGGAAUGCAAACAUUGGACAAACUAAUCAGGGAGGGGUACGUUGUACAAUGGUUAAUUGAUGACGAAUUGCCAGCUGCCACUACUUUUAUCUCCACAACAGAUCAUAAAAAAUACUACGCAUCUGGGUUUCCCUUGGGUUUCAUGGACCCUGAUACUGGCAAAACCUAUCUGCAUAACCAUGUAAUGCUGGUGAUUCGUUUUCAUUCCGGUGAUAAUGGCAAAAAUACCAUAGUUGGUUUUGAAGUAUAUCCAAGGUCUGUAUCAGAUUAUCAUUGUCCUGGGGCAUCAAAGACUUACGAACAAUACGAAAUAACCAUUCCUGAGGAUGAAAAUGAGCUGACCUAUCUGCCAUUCACUUACUCUGUUUAUUGGAGGGAAGAAUUUGAAGUUGACUGGAACCAUAGAUGGGACUAUUUCUUGAACUCAGGUGAAUUGUCUGAUGAACAGAGUAGCCAAUUUCAUUGGAUGAGUUUUGCCAACUCAGUGAUUAUUGUAUUGUCCAUUUCACUAAUCACGCUUAUUAUUUACAUAGGAGUCAUGCACACAGAUAAAAAUAAUCCUCAUUCUAAUAAAUUUAUGAUAAAUAUAGAGGGAAUUGGAGCAGAGGAUGUCCUGAACAAUGACAAGUAUAGUAAAAACUCUGUUUACAUGGUGGCUAAAGAUUGGAUACAGAAUGGUAAGCCAGAUCUGUUUAGUUUGAAAGGUUUGAUAGUUCUGGUCUCAUUUGGAGUGCAAUUUUUAUUUACUGUAAUCGGGUCUUUGACGAUAUCAUGUUCGAUGAACAAGUUGCAUAAUGUAAGAAACAGUGUGCUCACCAUGGCAAUAUUGUGUUUUGUAAUCGGUGCAUUCAUGGCAUCCUUCGUUGGGACAAGGCUUAGUAUAGUAUCAAAAACAAGAAGAUUCAAUGCCAAUUACUUUGGCGAUAACAAAAACUUUAAAUGCCGUGAGAAGUUUAGUCCCAUAUUUGCAAUAAUUUGUGGGUCCAGUUUACCUGGUAUGAUAAUGAUAAGUACAUUUUUGUUGAAUAGCAUUGUCUGGGCACACGAUUCUACUAAUGCAUUACCAUUUAAAACUAUCGUAUUUUUCAUUAGCGUCUAUUUUAUUGUCUGUAUACCGUUAAGUUUGUUUGGGGGUAUCGUGGCCAAUAAUAUACCCUUGCCUCAAUAUUGGUUGAGUGGGAUUACUAUAGAUGAAAGCGAUAGUAAAAACAAUAAAUUAUUCCUACCUAAAUCACCGAACAAGUUCAACCCUUUGGUUAACUGCGGCAUUUAUUUGUGUGGUGUUUUUCCCCUGCUCGUAAUCUAUGUGGAGAUGCAGUACGUUUAUAAGUCCCUUUGGUUAGAGAAGACUACGUUUUAUUAUUUUUAUGGAUUUCUGUUUUUGAGCAUUAUACUAUUAUGCGUGCUUACUAUGGAGAUAUCAGUCAUUGGAAGUUAUUUAUUAAUGAGAUUUUGCUUCGAAGACAAGGUAGUCCGUAACAAUUGGAGAUGGAAAUGUUUCGAGAUGGGAUUUAGUGGUGGAGUGUAUAUGGAAUUAUACUCACUGUAUUACAUUUUCGCAGUACUCAACAUCCAUGGGUUUUCGUCCAUCUUAAUUUCAAUAUGUUAUAGUUUGCUCUUCAACAUAAUGUGCGGUUUAGGGCUUGGCGCACUGAGUUACUUAACGGCUUCGUGGUUCAUAAAUAAAAUCUACCACGUUAAAGUCAAUAUAUAA